AUGUUCUUGCGGUGGUUUCUUGGUUGCGCAUUCUUCCUCUCCUCUUUCGCAUGCCUCGCCAUGGGCCCCCGUGCUAGAUGGGAAACCUCUCCAGAUGUUCCAGGCUUGAGGUUGGCCUAUUCGGCAGAGAUCUGUCGCCCGCUCUCGCUUGAGCAUUUCCCUGAAGAUGUCUUUCCAGUGCUGCAGAUGCACCCAUCAGCUUCGGGAGUCACGUUUGCAACUUUUGCAAGCUUUGAAAGGAUUGCGAACAUCAGAACAAAUGGGGCCUGCUUGGUUAUCCUUUCCGGAUAUGUCAAGCCGAAGGUGGAACGGUUGGGCUUUGAGAGUGAGAGAAUCAUCUCCACAACCAUUACGGUAAAAGAUAUCAUCCAGAAUUGUGAAGAGAUGCGUGCGGUGACAUUGGUGAAUAUGUCGAUGGAUUCUGACGAGUUCUUUUCCAUCCCCGAUGCUGCGCCUGAUGUAGAGGUCAUUGAGCACCACUCUGUGCUUGCCAAUGCUGUGCUUUACAAGAUCUUUGAGCGUGAAGGCUACUUGUGCCGGCGACUUCAAGUGCCUGUUGCUGACCGGGAUGCCAUUUACGCACAGUCCGGGUUUAAGUCUGUACAGUUUCGAGCAGUUCGCAAACCUGACGACGUUCCAGAGGCCGGCCUUGAAGUACUGAAGGUACCGUCGCGCGAAACUCUCGCAGAAGCAGCUGCGCGACUUCAUGCGGUCCGUGGAGGCUUGGGUUGCUUCAAAUCCCAGAAUGCUUUGUAUUUCCGUGUGCGUGACAAUUUCAUCAAGACGGCCCGUGAAACAAUCUACAUUGACGAUGAGCGCUUUUCCGACUUUAACAUCGCGGCAAAGUCCCAGCUUCAGUACAAAAUCUUCGGAUUUCCUGCAGGCACCUCCAUGAAAGAGCUCGUUAAGACGCUUGAGGCUCUCAACUUUGUCGCCAUUCCUUCCAGGAUUGUAAAUUUGAAAGACUUGGCCAUCGUCUUCGUGUCUGCGCCGCAGCCCCCAGAUGCCUUCCGGUACCAGACAUCAGUUGGUAUGAUCCAAAUCGUUGAGCUUGAGAAGCGUGUCUUCAAUCGCAAAGAGAACAGUAUGGUUGCUCCAGCCCCUUCAGGGCAAGGCCGACAGAGUAAUGCCAAAGGAAAAGGCAAAGGCGUGGCAACACCUCCGCCUCCUGCUUCCUCCUCUUUGAAUUUGCCGAGGCCUGUGGCCCCUCUCUUGCCCAAUCCAUAUGCUGGUAGAGUGGAGGCUCUCGAAGCUCAAAUGGAAGCGAUGAAGGGUGACGUUGACACCUUGAAGAAGGAUAACCUUGACACGAAGCAAAAGCUCUCGGAGAUCUCCGACAAUCAGAAUCGUGGAUUCCGGGAUCUGUUGGAGGCCAUUUCAGAGAUCCGCGCGAGCAUGCCGUCGAGUCCAAGUACAUUCGCGCACUCCCCGCCUUCGAAGGUGUCCCCGGCAACCAAGCAUCAGAAGGUCUGA